GAUGCUCAUUCUCGCGAUAUCUUGAAAUAGCGUCCUGAUAGCUUAUUGACGACGAACAAAAACACAAAAUCUUGUUAUUUGAUGAGUAGCAGGUAGUUUGGAAACCCACUUUGGGUUUUGGAUUUGUAUUUAUUAAAUACGUUUUUUAAAUAUAGCAGAUUAAUCAAGUUUUAAGCAACAUUUGGAGACAACGGAGAGCUUCAGAGGAUGCUAACUACAGGAGCGGCUGUAACUAACGUCACAGCCUUGGCCCAGGUAGACCGGGAGAAGAUUUACCAAUGGAUCAACGAGUUGUCCAGCCCAGAAACCAGAGAAAAUGCCCUGCUGGAGCUAAGCAAGAAACGGGAAUCGGUACCGGACCUGGCGCCGAUGCUCUGGCACUCCUUCGGCACCAUUGCUGCCCUGCUGCAGGAAAUAGUGAACAUCUAUCCAUCUAUAAACCCACCAACCCUCACAGCUCAUCAGUCGAACAGAGUGUGUAACGCUCUGGCUCUUCUGCAGUGUGUCGCCUCUCAUCCAGAAACACGGUCAGCUUUUCUUGCAGCACACAUUCCUCUCUUCCUUUAUCCUUUCCUUCACACUGUGAGCAAAACACGACCGUUUGAGUACCUGCGUCUCACCAGCCUGGGAGUCAUAGGUGCAUUGGUGAAAACAGAUGAACAGGAAGUGAUUAACUUCCUUCUAACGACUGAAAUCAUCCCGUUGUGUCUGCGCAUCAUGGAAUCAGGGAGCGAACUCUCCAAGACGGUUGCUACUUUCAUCCUUCAGAAGAUCCUGCUGGACGACACCGGCCUGGCUUACAUCUGUCAGACGUAUGAACGUUUCUCCCACGUGGCCAUGAUUCUCGGUAAAAUGGUGCUGCAGCUCUCCAAGGAGCCGUCGGCUCGCCUGCUGAAGCACGUCGUCCGCUGCUACCUGCGCCUCUCGGAUAACCUCAGAGCCAGAGAGGCGCUGCGUCAGUGUCUCCCCGACCAGCUGAAGGACAGCACCUUCGCCCAGGUGCUGAAGGACGACACCACCACCAAGCGCUGGCUCGCACAGCUGGUGAAAAACCUGCAGGAGGGCCAGGUGACCGACGCCAGAGGCAURCCACUCGCUCCACAGUGACGGAGGGGGGGCUCUGCGUGGACACAGACUGGCUGAUCUGGGUUCCCCCACUAUGGUGCUGUGACAGGAUGAAAUGGACAGUCUAUUUGCUUUUAUAACACUUUCCUGUUGAGGGGGCACGAGAAGUUUUGGGUUUGGCAGGGAGCUUUUUUUAUUUUAAACUGUUGAUAAAGUCAGGCUGGACUGGAAGGCAUCACGUGUUUAAAUUAAAAAUGAAGAUAAAUAAAAAGGAGUACAAUUUGCAUAAAUUCAGCCGAGAAUUUAUUCUUGUUUGCUACCAAAACUGUAUUUUUUUUAUGUUAACACACUGUUUUUGUUUUUAUUUACAGCUGUAACUUUCUGCAACAUUCCACCUCCAAACUGUUUUAGAACCCAAGUUCUGGAAAAGUUGGGGUGUUUGUGUAAAAUGUAAAUAAAAACAAAAUGCAAUGAUUUUCAAA